GAGAUGUCCUUCUACAACAUCUGACCACAACUUCAUACACACCUCACAUCACAGUUAGAUAAUGUGCCGAACUAAUGUCACGCAGAGAUGUAUGAAGGUGCAAUUUCGAACAGUGUCCACUGCCAUCACAUUCACGGCGGUAGAUCGAUCACCCCUGAUCCCCAUGUCCACCACCAAACCGUUGACGUUGGGGAAGUUGCGGGUGCCGCUAUUGAAGAGUCCCUCCCAUUUGGGCCAUGUCACCGCCCGAGUUAAUCGAUUGUACAACGAAGACAGGUAUAGUGCUAAAGUGUUGAAUUUUGAUAACAAGACCUUGUUCAAUUUCAGUGUGUUUGAUGGACACGGUGGUGAGGGAUGCUCGGAUUACCUUGCUGAGAACUUGUCCAAGGAGAUCGAGGAGGCCCAGCAGGUGAUGAAUAGUGAGGCUGAGGAAGAAUUGGUCAAGAGGUAUCGCGAUGACGUAAGUGGGUACUGGAAACGGUGGUAUAAGCAUCGACAAGAGAAUUUCGACUUGUACGAGAACUUCAAGAUUGAAUUAAAGAACUUUCCCGAGCUAGCCAGCGAUAAUUUGUCAUUGCGGCUACUUCUCAGUUUUCUUGAAGCUGAUUACAAGUUUGCACAAGCAGCAACAGACAACUCCGGUUCCACAUGCACUACAGCAUUGAUAGAAACAAUAUACUCGGAACCAGGUGUUUUCCAGCCCUAUUUUGAAAAUUAUUACUUUAAUAGACAUACAAUAUCACAAUUGACCAUUGGACAAGUGGGGGACACGCGGGCGAUAUUGGUGGACAAGAAUGGAUUGGCCAAUUGUCUUACUGAAGAGCAUCAUCCGCUGAAUCCCACAGAAGCGACUCGAUUGCGAAAGUAUUCCACUAAUUUGUUCAUGACAGAUUCUUUUGGCGAGGAGCGGUUUGUACAUUUGGCCAACACUCGGGCAUUUGGAGAUUUCCGAUAUAAGCAGAUUGGUGUGUCUGCUGAACCGGAUAUUGUCCAGUACAUCAUUGGAGACAAGGCGAAAAUCAAGCAGUUUUUAACGCCGGAAGAGAUCAAGAAGUAUACAAUAAACGGAUUAGGCGGUGAUGAGAGUUUCUUGGUGUUGUUGAGUGAUGGAAUAACAAACAUACUCACCGAUCAGGAAGUGGCAGAUAUCGUCAUGACACAUUUCGAUUUGAAGGGUCAUACAGUGGCCACCCCACAAUCCUGUGCUGAAGAAGUAGUCAAGUUUGUUGAGUAUGUUGGUGGUGACGAUAAUGCCACUUGUUUAGUCGUUAGGUUGAAUGGGUGGGGGAAAUGGCCUAGUAUUGAUAGAACUGGGGAAUUACGACAAUCUCGAUUGGUAGAUUUCAAUCCAAGAAGUCGUGGAGGGGGGUAAAUAUAUUUAUUGUAGACAAAAUGCAUACAGUGUUCUUUCAGUCUAUGUC